AUGUCAUACAACAAUUAUAACAAUUCUUGGGAUAAUCAAAGUAUGCCAGUUCAGGAUUACGAUUCUCCCGCUGCUUCAACCUCAGUAACACAUAAUCGUGUAAAUAAUUGGGUGGGCAAUGGUAGCAGUCCUUCUUAUUCUCAAGGGUACACAAAUGGAGUUUCGACAGGCUAUGGUGGCACUUUAUCAGAACAACCAUCAACGAACCAUAUCAGUGCACAGCGAGGUGCACCAAACGGAAUAUCGGUGAAUACAUCCAAUCUUUUACUGCGAAAUUCAACUAUAAUUGGAACCGAUGCGGGUAAAAUUAUUUGUGUAGCAGAUGUUAGAGGAAAUAUCUCUCAAUUGAAUACACUUGCUAAAGAGACGGGGGCUGUGGCUGUUAUUCAUUCCGGUGACUUUGGGUUUUACGAAAACAGUAGUCUAGAUAGGAUAAGUGAUAGGACAUUACGACAUCUUGUGCAAUAUAGUACAAUUAUACCACCUGAUUUAAGAUCUAAACUUCUCGAUCCUAAUACAUCUCUCCAAGAAUUACGUCGUACUAUACUUGAAUCUGAUCGCCCUCUUCUAUCUGAAUUUCCUCUCUUUAUAGACGGAGUAGAACGUCUUAUAGUUCCUGUUUAUACCGUAUGGGACGAAGCUAAUUCUCAUCUCAUUGACAUUGGUGGAGUUAGUUUACGGUUAUUUGGCUUAGGUGGUGCUGUCGUUCAACAUAAAUUAUUUGACAACGGGGAGGGUGUAGCUACUAUUGCUGGUGGUCAUGGCACUAUGUGGACAACAAUUCUGCAAAUUGGUGAAUUAGUUGAUACUGCUACAAAAGUAUAUGACCCAACUGAAACAAGGGUUCUCGUAACUCACGCUAGCCCUGGUCGUGAAGGUCUUUUAACACAAUUAUCAGUUGUCUUGCGUGUCGAUUUUACAAUUUCAGCUGGACUUCAUUUUCGUUAUGGCAUUUCGUAUAAUGAGUUUUCAGUACAAAGAGAUCCAGAAGCAUUCCGUAUUAAAUUAGAAACCUCUCGCAGAAGUUUUUACACGAUGUGGGAUUCAGUUAAAACUCAAGUUGAAAGCUAUAUCGACGAGCAGCAGAAAGUAUUAUUAUCUAAUGCUUUUGCUGUCGUUGAUCGUGUCCCAAUUCAAGGAAAGGAAGAACCAGCUUUUAGAAACAUGUGGAAUUUCAAUUUACCUGAUGCUGCUUUUGGUUGGGUACUAUUGGACUUUAAAGAAGGAAGAAUAUCCGCUGAAACUAAAGCACAAGGCUUUAACUUUGCUUAUCGAAAAAACAAUACGCAAUUAAAUAAUCCAAAUAUUGGUGGUCCACAAACGUCCGGAAUCGGUGCACCUACGAGUCCAUAUGCUAUGGAUAGAACUAGGCGUCAGCAAUCACAAUUUCAGCCUUCACCUGCUCUUCCACCUCAACCAUCAAAUGGUGGACUAUCCCCAGUGUUGACUCCACAAAGAUCUACAUCACCUGAAACAUCACCUAAUCUUGGUAGCAAUUGGAAACAACCACCGGUUGAUUCGACAGCACCGAAUGAUUGGUCGUCAUCAUCAAAGCCUUUAGGUCAAGAUUAUACCGAACGUCCACCAAACUUCUUUGGUAGUGAUACUGGUAGUAGCGGCAACAAUGACCACAUUAAUAAUGAUAUUACCAACUCAACCAAUUCAGAACAUAUUAAUGGUACUUCCCAGAUGACGUGGGCUGAUCAGACACAAAAUGAAUCUAUUUAUGUCGGUAAUUUGACACCACCUGUAACUGAAGAGGAUUUAAAGGAACAUUUUGAAUCGGUUGAAUGUCAGGUUGAGAAAGUUCGGUUGAAGUAUGAUCAUGCUACAAAUAAUCAACUUAGUCACGCAUAUGUGGAUUUCCAGGAUGAUGCAUCGAUUAAAAAAGCAGUUUCAUUAAGUGGAAAGCGAGAAUCCGUUAAAGAUUAA